GAUUCUAUUCAUUAUUUAACUCGAGAAGCGCCAUCUGUCGCCUUUGAGUUAGAGAACAUGGGUAUGCCAUUUUCAAGGACCCAAGAUGGUAAAAUCUAUCAAAGAUCUUUUGGAGGCGCAACAACGCAUCACGGCACGAAAUCUGCAGCUAAGAGGACCUGCUGUGUUGCUGAUCGUACUGGUCAUGCUCUCCUGCACACCUUGUACGGCUACAGCACCAAGUAUAAGCAGGUGGAUCACUUCGUGGAGUAUUUCGUGCUUGAUCUCCUAGUACAGGAUGGCGAAGUGGUUGGAGCAUUGGCCAUGAAUAUGGACGAUAGCAGUUUACACAGAUUUCAGGCAAAGAAUACAGUGCUAGCUACAGGCGGCUACUCGAGGAUGUUCUUGUCGUGUACUGCAGCGCAUACCUCCACCGGAGAUGGAUGUGCAAUGGCGACACGGGCGGGCAUCGCUCUACAGGAUAUGGAGUUUAUACAAUUCCAUCCCACUGGUAUGUAUGGAUCCGGGUGUCUGAUGUCAGAGGGAUGCCGAGGAGAAGGUGGCUAUCUGGUGAACAGCGAGGGGGUCCGGUUCAUGGAGAAAUACGCGCCCAAUGCUAAAGAUCUGGCCAGUCGGGAUGUCGUGUCGAGAUCUAUAGCUACGGAAAUUCGUCAAGGUCGAGGAGUAGGCCCGAAGAAAAACUACGUUUAUUUACAAUUACACCAUUUGAAGCCUGAAAUCAUUAGAGAGCGAUUGCCUGGCAUCGCUGAGACUGCGCACACAUUCACAGGUGUCGAUGUGUUCACUCAGCCCAUACCUGUCCUACCCACAGUCCACUACACCAUGGGAGGGAUACCCAUCAACUACAAAGGAGAGGUGAUAGUCCACCAGGAUGGCCGUGACUGCACUGUCAAAGGUCUACACGCAGUCGGUGAGGCAGUAAGCAAUUGUCAUGGUGCCAACCGGUUGGGUGCCAACUCGAUUUUGGAUAUUGUGGUGUUCGGUAGAGCUAUAGCGAAUAACAUCGUCAAGUUGUUCAAACCGGGAGAGAAACAGUGCAAAUUAAAGGACGAUAUUUGCGAUGCUACAUUGGACAAUUUAGAGAAAGUUCGCACAGCUAACGGUUGCGCUCCCACCUCCGAAUUACGGGAAGCUAUGAGGAACACCAUGCAAUCGAAGUGUGCAGUGUUCAGAGAAGCGAAGCUUUUAGAGGAAGGUGAACAAGAAAUCCAGCAAUGGUUUAAAGCCUUCGAUCAGAUCAGAAUUACAGAUCGUCGUCUAAACUGGAAUAGCGAUCUCAUCGAGACCCUGGAGUUGCAGAACAUGCUGCAAAUGGCUGUCCAGGUUGUCGCUGCGGCAAAGAACAGAACUGAGAGUAGAGGAGCGCACUUUAGAGACGAUUUUCCUAAGAGGGAGGAUGAAAUGGACUACAGUAAACCCACAAAAGACCAGACGAAAAAACCCCUCAACAAACACUGGAGGAAACACACCCUGACCACAUUAGACCUUUGCACCGGCAAAGUCACCCUCAACUAUCGUCCGGUAAUUGACACGCCUCUUGACGACGAGGUAGAGACGAUACCACCUGUACCUAGAAUCUACUAA